AUGACCAACUUAGUCCCAGAUCCACCUGGUACUAUUUCUGGCCCUGGAGAAAGCAAACCCUCAACCCAGUGCUUGAUCACAAGAGGGGUGCAAGGCUCCAGUAGUGAGUGUGGUACUCCGUUCGCAAUAUUAUCACGCACAGCACAAGGACGCAUUUCUAGCCUUGAUGACUGUCUGCGAGACAUGAAUUUUGUCUCCCGAUGUCUCACCCCAUGGGAUCAAGCUCGACAGCUAUUGGAUCAGUUCGUCAUGACCAUUCAGCGAACAUAUUGGGUUCUCCAUAUUCCCUCGACCAGAAUCUUAAUAGAUAAAACCUAUCAAAACAUGCUCAAGGGCGAGGAGCCGAGCUCUACCGUCAUGUCGCUGCUGUUUAGCAUAUUUUCCGGUGCUGCUUUGCUUGCGACGCCUGAAUUUCUGCAGGUGCUGAACGCUACCCAAGCAGAGGCCAAGGCAGCGUUCGCAACAUACACACGCCUAGCGAUUGCUAUCAUCGAUAAUCCCAUCCAACCCGUGCCUCCGUCAACGGUAGCUCUUGAAGCCAUCAGCACCUUAUCCCGUGUCCUAUCACAUGCGGACUGGUAUUCCAACAAAGUCCAAACACUCAGAGUCAGCGCAAUCUGCAUGGCUCGAACGAUGCAAAUUCACCGUCUAGACACAGCCAAGAACCAAGAAGAAAGACAACGCUCCGGUUACGAUGUGAUCGAGGUCGAAGUCCAGAGACGAAUAUGGUGGCACUUGGUCUCGACUGAUUGGAUAACAGCGUUCUCGCAAAGCCCACACGAGGGCUCAUACCUCAUACACCCAAAGCACAUGAAAGUAAACCAUCCAAUCAACAUCGAAGACGACCUCAUAACAAGUACGGGGCCAGAAUACGGCUUACCCCCAUCGGUCCCAACAUCGAUGUCUAUCUUCAUUUUCAGACUACACUACGCAGAACUGUGUCGUGAAGUUAUUGACAUAAUAGGCCCCACGCUCCUCGAGUCCGAGCAACCCGACUACGAAACAAUCCUCGACAUAGACCGAAAGUUCCAUACCUUCCUGAGAUCCACACCAGCCUUCUUCCAGAUCGACACCGACCACAGCCAGGAAAUAUUCCAAGAGCGACCCUACCUCUCCUGGCAACGAACCAUGGGCCAUCUAAGCUUCCACGUCCGCCUCUGCCGCCUCCAUCGCCCCUAUCACCGCGAAGGCAUAACAAACCCAAAGUACGCCUACUCCCGCUUAACGUGCAUUCGCUCCGCCCAAACCGUCCUCGACCUCCGCCGUUCCUUAGAAAAGGCCGGUUCCCUCGCCGGCUCCAACCCUUCUGAUUAUGGCCUAGUCAUGAACCACGUUUUCUUCGCCGCGAUGAUCCUAGCCACUGACGUAUCCAUGAACCCAACUUCCCCAGGAGCCGACACCCGCAAGCAGGAAGUUUUAGAUAUUAUCCACUUACUUGAAAAUUCGCAGAAUGAGUCCCCUGCUCUUGUGGAAGCCAUUCAGAAGAACAUGCAGACACUGCUAUCGAUCCUUCAGGGCUCACAUCGACAACAUUCAAGAACACCUCCGACUGCCGAUACCGUUACUGUGCCUCCCGAGAUCAGAACGAGCGCUCAAUUGCAGUCGCAGCUGUCUGAUGUAGGACUUAGGGACGGGAUUAUGGCAGCCGACGGACAAGUUUCUUCCAUGGACAAUAUGGCUGGCGCUAAUGAGGGCGCCAUGUGGAGCGAAGCUGGAAAUGAAAGUUGGGGUCAGCUGUGGUCUGAUCUCUUCGAUGUAGCGCCGGAAAUGGAUGGAUUGCAAUGGGAUCUGCUAUUAAAUGACUCCGAUCUGCCUCUCCAGACAAACUUCUAUUGA